UAGUAUUAUUUUAUUGGGUAUUACAUUAGAAAACAUGGUCAAGAACAGUUUCUGCUUCAAUGGCGGAGGCAGGAACAAGGAAGAGAAAAAUGGUGGACAGAAGCAGAACCAUAACAUCAGCUGAUAACAAGAAAGCAACAGCAGUGGCAAAGUGGCCUUCUCUUAAAUCCAAACUCGAUCUCCACAUUACCCGCCUUCAAGACAAUGAUCUCUUCACCGUGCAGAAUUUCUUCACAUCUGCAGAGUCAAAGGCAUUUAUUAAGACUGCUGAGUUAAUUGGUUUUGAGCACCAAGGAAGUCUUGGUCCAACUAAAGGUGAAGCAUACCGAGACAAUGAUCGGUUAUCUGUUUAUGAUCCUAAACUUGCUGAUACUAUAUGGCAGUCUGGACUUAGCCUAUUAUUCUCUGAUAUUAAGAUUAGGGGGAAGGUUGCGGUUGGGUUGAAUCCCAAUAUUAGAUUUUACAGGUAUAAGGUUGGCCAGCGCUUUGGACGGCAUUUUGAUGGAAGUGUUGAUCUUGGAGAGGAAAAGCGCACCCAUUAUACUUUAUUAAUAUAUUUAAUCGGUGGUCCCGAAACGGAAGGCAAAAGUGACUUGAGCAACCUGAAGGAUUCUGCAUCAGAGCCUCUAGUUGGAGGAGAAACUGUCUUCUAUGAUUCAUGGAACGAAAUUGUAGCAGAGGUUGCUCCCGCUGAAGGAAUGGCUCUCCUACACAUUCAUGGUGACAAAUGUAUGCUGCAUGAAGCUCGAAAUGUCUCCAAGGGUAUCAAGUAUGUUUUCAGAUCAGAUGUAGUUUUUGCUUGUGGGCUGUAGUUUUCAAAUUGAGAAGGUUCGUGAGUUUUCCUCUAAAAUUAUACAGCAGCCGUAGCAAUGCCUAACUGAUACAUGUAUGAUCAAUAUUGUUAAGGUGUGCACCUAGGCUGUAGUGCUAGAAAACAAAAGCACCACCCUUCCAGAUGAGGUACAUUUGGUCAUGUGUAUGCAUGGUGCACCAAGGGGCACUUUUUCUAAGAAAAAAAGGCCCAUUUGGUUGAAGUUAUCUUUAAUUUUUAUUACUUUUAAUGAAUUGCUAAUGUAGUGCCGUAGAA